AUGAAUGUUAUAGGAGUAUGUGUGUCAGUAGUUUGUGUUGGGGUGAUAAUUGGUACCUUCGGGUUAGACCAAACGACACAGCCCGGGGGUAACGGCGCCCAUGUGGUGGAGGCUGUUGUCUCCAGGAUCCGGGAGUCUUGCCUGUAUGCGGACGACAAAGGCUUCCUAAGACGACUUGCAUACGUCCAAUCAUAUGACGGAACGGACCCAAAGACGUACCGUCCUGGUUUUGAUGGUGGCAUAUGGCAGUUAAGCCUUGCUAAAUUCCUGGAAACGAAAUACAGUAAUCAGCUGCUCAAGGAGUAUGACCUGCUUGCCGAGAAGUUCAACAUAGACUGGGGUGCGGUAAACUGGGUGGAUCUGAGGAAGCCACUGUACUCUGGAAUAGCUGCCGCUCUCUAUACAAAGAUACACGGAGGAGUGGGCUGGCGGGUCGAGGACCAGGCUCAGUUUUUUUCCAACUAUUUUCUGAGUAUGGGUGGAAACAACUUCACUAAUCUAGCCGAACUCCUAGCCGAAGGAUGUUCAAACACAAAGAAGAUCGACCUGGUAUUUGUCAUGGAUCAGUCAAACAGUUUAUCACUAGACGACAACAUAAGAUCAAAAAUGUUCAUUCAGGACAUCGUCAAUGACUUUCCGGUGUCUCCAGACAAAACCAGGGUCGCUAUGGUGACGUACUCAACACAUGCUGUAACGCGGUUUUAUCUGAACACAUACGGCAGCAAAAGUGACGUGUCCACAGCUAUAGACAAUAUACCCUUCGAUAGCGGUACUACUGCCACAGACGAAGCACUCAACAAAGCACUGACGGACGUCUUCCAGAAUUCCCAUGGAAGCCGGGCGGAUGCGGUGAAGGUCCUUAUCGUGAUUACAGACGGUGUAUCCAAUGACCGGCUGAACACUAUGCAUUCUGCUGAGGCAAUACACGCCAAUAAUAUUGUCACUUUCACAAUUGGGGUAGGCAGCCAUAUCAAUCACGCCGAGCUCAACACCAUAGCCACGAGUCCAUCCUGUACACACGUGAUGACGGUGUCAGGUUUCACCGACCUGACGGCGCUGAAACAAGAGAUCCAAGAGAAGACCUGUAAAGCUCCCUUAUAUAUUAAAAUGAACCACACCUACACAUGUGUGAUGGAGGAGUGUCCUUCACUUGCUGUCAUUACGCCACCAGGAGGUGUUACAGUGGAGACUAACGUGACCUGCGGUAAAAUAACAUUAUUCACGGCCUUCGGAACUCCAUUCCCCGGAAAUUCUUACUACGAAACGAUCUCUCAAACCGAGGCUGCCGAACUAGGAAUCAAGUUCCGAAAUACCACCACUACCCAGACACUCUUCAUGAGUCUAGAGGAUGCACUCAAACUGACCAAUGGGACCAGAGGUUGUAGCAUCAAUGUGACGCCGUACACUGGAGACCAUCGUGACCAUGAGAUAAAGUGCUACCAGAAUGGUGUACAAAUCAAGUGUCCAGAUGACUGCAAAGAACAUUGGGGAUAUGGCAACAUCUGCACGAAGGAAACCCUACUUGCCGGAAUAACUAAAUUUCCACACCCUAAUGAGCCUACCAAGUACCUUGAGUGCGACAACCAGGGCAAACUGUAUGUUGUACAGUGUCCACAAAAUGAAUCCUAUUACGACGCGUGUAAGCAAUGUGUUGGAGGUGACACGCCUUGUGUUACUCAUGGAAAGCCGCUGUCCACAACACUCGCAAAUCCUUGUUCAGUGGAAGCAAUCUUAGCGAAUAAGUUUUUCUUCACUUAUCCGUCUGAUGUGACCAAGUACAUCCAUUGCGACGUGUGGGGCAAAGCGUGGGUCCGACCGUGUCCUCAGGGAGAAGAAUGGGACCAACAUGAGUUGACCUGUAUCGUCCCCUCAAACUUUGCUAAUCCUUGUCGUAUGAGAGCCCCGGACGAUCCGUUACUGUACACGUACCCAUGUGACCCAACUAUGUACAUUCAGUGUGACCUCUGGCAUGAAUCGUUCCAACGUCAGUGUAACCCGCCAAAUUUCUACUUUCAACAAUCAUCACAGUCAUGCGUAAAUCCAAACACGUUUGUACCUCCUACAGCUGCUCCUGGAGCAUGUGACGGGGCGCCAGCUGCAGUCACUAACCCUUCCGCCCAGGGGCCAGGGUCACCAACUGCCGGAUUUCCUAUUGGUUACACACCAUCAGUGACUGGAGCAUAUCCUUUCUGUGGAAACUGUCCCGUGUUCACAGCGCCCUGUGACGAGAACCAUAUUCGCGAAAUGAAGCUGUACUUCCCUGUUCUUGGUGACCGUCAUCACUACAUCCAAUGCGACCUGACCGGACACAUGUACCUGCAGUCGUGUACCAACAGUGGACUGGACUUUUUUGAUCCCAUCACCUCCACGUGUGUCGAUGGUAGUCUGGCUAUCGACAAUCAGAUCGGCGGCUGA